CCCUCACCCGCCGAUCCAACAGGUCCUAGAAGUGCUCAAUGGGAUUGAGAGACGGGCUCUUCGCUGGCCAUGGUAGAACACUGAUAUUCCUGUCUUGCAGGAUGUGAUGCACAGAACGAGCAGUAUGGCUGGUGGCAUUGUCAUGCUGGAGGGUCAUGUCAGGAUGAGCCUGCAGGAAGGGUACCACAUGAGAGAGGAGGAUGUCUUCCCUGUAAUGCACAGCGUUGAGAUUGCCUGCAAUGACAACAAGCUCAGUCCGAUGAUGCUGUGACACACCGCCCCAGACCAUGACAGACCCUCCACCUCCAAUCGAUCCCGUUCCAGAGUACAGGCCUCAGUGUAACGCUCAUUCCUUCGACGAUGAACGCGAAUCUGACCAUCACCCCUGGUGAGACAAAACUGCAAGUUGUCAGUGAAGAGCACUUUUUACCAGUCCUGUCUGGUCCAGCAACGGUUGGUUUGUGCCCAUAGGUGACGUUGUUGCCGGUGAUAUCUGGUGAGGACCUGCCUUUCAACAGGCCUACAAGCCUCAGUACAGCCUCUCUGACUAUUGAGGACAGUCUGAGCACUGAUGGAGGGAUUGUGCGUUCCUGGUGUAACUCGGGCAGUUGCUGUUGCCAUCGUGUACCUGUCCCGCAGGUGUGAUGUUCGGAUGUACCGAUCCUGUGCAGGUGUUGUUACACGUGGUCUGCCACUGUGAGGAUGAUCAGCUGUCUGUCCUGUCUCCCUGUAACGCUGUCUUAGGCGUCUCACAGUACGGACAUUGCAAUUUAUUGCCCUGGCCACAUCUGCAGUCCUCAUGCCUCCUUGCAGCAUGCCUAAGGCACGUUCACACAGAUGAGCAGGGACCCUGGGCCUUUUUCUUUUGGUGUUUUUCAGAGUCAGUAGAAAGGCCUCUUUAGUGUCCUAAGUUUUUAUAACUGUGACCUUAAUUGCCUGCCGUCUGCAAGCUGUUAGUGUCUUAAUGACCGUUCCACAGGUGCAUGUUCAUUAAUUGUUUAUGGUUCAUUGAACAAGCAUGGGAAACAGUGUUUAAACAGUGAAGUUAAUUGGAUUUUUACAAAUUAUCUUUGAAAGACAGGGUCCUGAAAAAGGGACAUUUAUUUUUUUGCUGAGUUUAGUACCCUCCAAGCUCAUUAUUAAGCUCGGGGCCCUGGGUCUGAACCCCGCCCUGUGCAGCUGGGUCCUGGAUUUCCUGACGGGCCGCCCCCAGGUGAUGAAGGUAGGAAACAACACCGCCACUUCGCUGAUCAUCAACACAGGGGCCCCACAAGUGUGCAUGCUCAGCCCCUUCCUGUACUCCCUGUUUACCCAUGACUGCGUGGCCACGCACACCUCCAACUCAAUCAUCAAGUCUACAACACAACAGUAGGAGGCCUGAUUACCAACAAUGACGAGACAGCCUACAGAGAGGAGGUGAAGGCCCUGGGAGUGUGGUGCCACGAAAAUAACUCACUCAAUGUUGACAAAACAAAGGAAUGGAUCGUGGACUUCAGGAAACAGCAGAGGGAGCACGCCUCUAUCCACAUCGAUGGGACCGCGGUGGAGUAUGUGGACAUUUUCAAGUUCCUCGGCAUACACAUCACUGACGAUCUGAAAUGGUACACCCACACAGACAGUGUGGUAAAGAAGACGCAUCAGCGCCUCUUCAACCUAAGGAGCCUGAAGAAACCCCCCACAAACAUUUUUACAGAUGUGCAAUUAAGAGCAUCCUGUCGGGCUGUAUCACCGCCUGGUACAGCAACUGCACCACCCGUAACCACAGGGCUCUCUAGAGGGUGGUGAGGUCUGCCCAACACAUCACCGGGGGCAAACUACCUACCCUCCAGGACACCCACAGCACCCGAUGUUACAGGAAGGCCAAAAAGAUCAUCAAGGGCAACAAACACCCGAGCCACUGCCUGUUCACCCCGCUAUCAACCAGAAGGCGAGGUCCUUACAGGUGCAUCAAAGCUGGGACCGAGAGACUGAAAAACAGCUUCUAUCUCAAAGCCAUCUGACUGUUAAAUAUCCAUCAUUAGGCGGCUUCCACCCGGUUACAUCACCCUGCAAUUUAGAGGCUGCUGCCCACUGGCCACUUUCAUAAUGGAACACUAGUCACUUUAAUUAUGUUUACAUAUUUUAGCUUUACUCAUCUCAUAUGUACAGUUGAAGUCGGAAGUUUACAUACACCUUAGCCAAAUACAUUUAAACUCAGUUUUUCACAAUUCCAGACAUUUAAUCCUAGUAAAAAUUCCCUGUCUUAGGUCAGUUAAGAUCACUACUUUAUUUUAAGAAUGUGAAAUGUCAGAAUAAGUAGAGAGAAUGAUUUCUUUCAGCUUUUAUUUCUUUCAUCACAUUCCCAGUGGGUCAGAAGUUUAUAUAUACUCAAUUAGUAUUUGGUAGCAUUGCCUUUAAAUUGUUGAACUUGGGUCAAACGUUUCGGGUAGCCUUCCAAAAGCUUCCCACAAUAAGUUGGGUGGAUUUUGGCCCAUUCCUCCUGACAGAGUUGGUGUAACUGAGUCAGGUUUGUAGGCCUCCUUGCUCACACACGCUUUUUCAGUUCUGCAAACAAAUGUUCUAUAGGAUUGAGGUCAGGGCUUUGUGAAAGCAACUCCAAUACCUUGACUUUGUUGUCCUUAGCCAUUUUGCCACAACUUUGGAAGUAUGCUUGGGGUCAUUGUCCAUUUGGAAGACCCAUUUGCGACCAAGUUUUAACUUCCUGACUGAUGUCUUGGGAUGUUGCUUCAAUAUAUCAAAAUAAUUUUCCUUCCUCAUGAAGCAAUCUAUUUUGUGAAGUGAACCAGUCCCUCCUGCAGCGAAGCACCCCCACAACAUGAUGCUGCCACCCCCGUGCUUCACGGUUGGGAUGGUGUUCUUCGGCUUGCAAGCAUGCCCAUUUUCCUCCAAACAUAACAAUGGUCAUUAUGGCCAAACAGUUCUAUUUUUGUUUCAUCAGUACGACCUUUGUCCGCAUGUGCAGUUGCAAACCGUAGUCUGGCUUUUUAUUGCGGUUUUGGAGCAGUGGCUUCUUCCUUGCUGAGCGGCAUUUCAGGUUAUGUCGAUAUAGGCCUCGUUUUACUGUGGACAUAGAUACUUUUGUACCUGUUUCCUUCAGCAUCUUCACAAGGUCCUUUGCUGUUGUUCUGGGAUUGAUUUGCACUUCUCGCACCAAAGUAUGUUCAUCUCUAGGAGACAGAGCGCGCCUCCUUCCUAAGCGAUAUGACGGCUGCGUGGUCCCAUGGUGUUUAUACUUGCGUACUAAUGUUUGUACAGAUGAACGUGGUACCUUCAGGCGUUUGGAAAUUGCUCCCAAGGAUGAACCAGACUUCUGGAGGUCUUGGCUGAUUUCUUUUGAUUUUCCCAUGAUGUCAAGCGAAGAGGCAAUGAGUUUGGCCUUAAAAUACAUCCACAGGUACACCUCCAAUUGACUCAAAUUAUGCCAAUUAGCCUAACAGAAGCUUCUAUAGCCAUGACAUAACUUUCUAUGCUGUUUAAAGGCACAGUCAACUUCGUGUAUUUAAACUUCUGACCCACUGGAAUUGUGAUACAGUGAAUUAUAAGUGAAAUAAUCUGCAAACAACUGUCUGAAAAAUUACUUGUGUCAUGCACAAAGUAGAUGUCCUAAUCGACUUGCCAAAACUAUAGUUUGUUAACAAGAAAUUUGUGGGAGUGGUUGAAAAACAAAUUUUAAUGACUCCAACUUAAACUUCCGACUUCAACUGUAUAUACUUUAUUAUAUUUUACUGUAUUUAGGCUAUGUCACUCCGAAAUGUAAUUUGAUAAAGUGCAAAUAUUAUAUUAUCAUGGAGCUUCUCACAUGACAUUUUACACAUAUGACCAAUCCUCAUGAGAUCCUGAAACAACAGAUUCUGAUGUUAGAAAGUGAGAGCCCAUUUAUACUAUAUAGGGAAUGGUAAGUAGGCAUUCUGUCCGGAUUCUGUUUGGAAGUUAUGUGGCUGUGACUAAUGCCGCAUUUAAAACAACUUUGAACUCAAGUCAUGACACCCGUGAUCUUCAGGUAGGAACGUCGGAGCUGUAAAAAGAGGCCCGAGUUCCUGAGUUGGAAUUCCGAGUUGGAUGACAGUUCAAAUAGAUUUUUCCCAGUCAGAGCUUGUUUUUUUCCCAGAGUUGCCAGUUGUUUUGAAUGCACUGAAGUAGUAAGUAUGAAAUUUCCGAGUUCCCAGUUGUUUUGAACACAGCAUAACAUCAUCCUAAAUUCUCCAUAUUACACAAUGAUGGAAAGGGAGACCAGACUGGGCUAAAUAUGUUCUUUGUGUUGGUGUGGAGCAGACCCAGAAUUGACCCAUUGUAAACCGGGCCUGAGAGAGUCUGGUUAGUACCACAUGACAUGGCACAGCCUCACGUGGUGGCUGUCAUCUACCCUCAUACAGAAACAUACUGGCCGUAGGCCAGUUUAGGUAAAUGCCAUGAUGGGCCGGUCCAUCUUUAACCCAGUGGAUCAGUCUAAAUUGGGUGUUUUGCAUAGAAUUAUCAUUAAUGGCCUGAUAAUGGUGGCCUCAAGGGGAAAAAAAAUAGCAGUGUGUUACUUUGAGGUCCCAGUCCGUCCAUGCCCCCUACACAAUCAGGGUCCCAACCCUGGGCACAGUUCUUGUGUGCUCUGAUAAAGCCAAGGCAGGCAACCAGGGUUAUAGCUCUUUUUCAUGUUUACCAUUAAGUCAAUGUUGACAGAUGGCGGCGAUCCAGAGAAAAUCCUGCCUCCCCAGGAGAAUGGGAAGAACCGCCUGCAGCAGGCCCAGGAUGAGGUGGAGGAGGUGAAGGUGAUCAUGCUAGAUAACCUCAACAAGGCUGCCGAGAGGUCAGGCAAGCUGGGAGAUCUUGAUAACAGGGCAGACGAACUUCUGGAGAAGAGUAAAGCUUUCUCAAAGUCUGCUCGGAAAGUGAAACAGCAGAAGUGGUGGAAACACAUGAAGAUGAAAGUGUUGCUGACUGGCGUAGGGGUCGUCAUGGCAGCCAUCAUCAUUGGGAUUAUUGUAUGGUCAGCAUCUGGACCUGACGACGGAGAGCAACCUGCUGCAGGGCGACCCACCUCAGGACCUUAGGAUCCAAGACUGUCUGUCAGAGCAAAGGACAUGGAAGAAAUGAAGAUGGAGGAUGGAGAUGGACACAGGGGCAGGUGAGACCUCAGAGGAAAUAAGGAGUCAGUCAAGACAGAAAUAGUGGAGGUAGAUAAAGAGUGAGGUUUUCUAGCCUGGUCCCAGAUCUGUUUGUGCUUUUGUCAAAUACAUUGCUGUCAUUGUCAAGCCAAACAUUUGGCAUGAUAAUGAGUGACAAGAAGUUGGCAUGAUGAUGGCACAAACAGACUGGCACUCAGGCUGUAGAUUUUCCACCUGAGCUCAAACUAGGUUUUGUGGGUUGACUUUUCUGAACUAUGCAAUCUGUGAUAUUGUUUGUUUUUAGAGGCAUUUCAGGCUCUGUGAUCUGUGUGUAGAUCGUUGAAUGAAAUGGUACCAUCACCAGCUCAGCUGCUUCCCCAUUCGGUAUCAUCUUCAACUGGCCCUAGUUGGUCAGGCUCACUGGUUUCACAUUCAUACUCAGAAAUGCUUCAGCCUCACCAUGAGAUUUGGUAUAGGUGAAUGUUUUGUCAAUUCAAAUUAAUCAUAUUGUGCCUUUGGAGUGUAAAAAAUCCCCAUUGGAUGAAUUGUGUGACCGUUUCAAAGUAUUCCAGUUAAGCUGUAAGGGGACAGACAUCACAUAAUUAUAUUUCUGAUGAAAUGUUAUGAGUAAUUUCUUCUCAUAAUUUCUUCUCAUAAUUUCAUUAUUCGUUUUUACGGUCAAAAGAAAUAUAUGAAAAUGAACUUAAUUUUGAUAUGUACAUAAAACGCGGUUAUGUUUGAGGCCAAUUUGGGCAAUGCAGUGUGAAUAUUUAUAUUUCAUUUUUCAUUCAUUGUCUUACAGGUAAUCAAUGUGUACAGUAUAAAAAAAAACAGUGCUGAGAAAUCACAUAUCUCCCUUUGUUGUUUACUCUUGACUUACUAGUAUUUGAAAUAUAUAUGUAAAACUGUAGUGCAUUGUAAAAUAAAAGGAAUUGACCAGA